UGGACGCUCUUAGUAUGAAAGGGGGAACAGGGGAACACAGUUACGCUACUAAUUCACAUUAUCAGAGAAAUGUUUUCUAUGAGAUACAACCUGUGGUGAUAGAAAACGUAAGAGAAAUGCUAGUGGAAGUUAGUUUUCCUGGUUGCAUCAAAGUGGCAGACUUGGGUUGUUCUUCUGGACAAAACACGUUCUUGGCCAUGUCCGAGAUCAUCAACACGAUCAUACAGUCGUACCAACAAAAAGGUGAAAAUCUACCAGAAAUGGAUUGUUGUCUCAACGAUCUUCCAGAGAGCGAUUUCAAUACAACUUUCAAUUUGGUUCCUUCUUUCUUAGAAAAGCUGAAAAUGGAGGUUAAAGGAAGGUGCUUCGUGUCAGGAGUCCCAAAUUCGUUUUACUCAAGGCUGUUUCCAAGCAAGUCUCUCCAUUUUGUUCAUUCAUCUUUUAGUAUCCAUUGGCUUUCAAAAAUUCCAGAUGGGCUUGAGAACAACACUAGAAGCAUUCAUAUUAAAGAUCCAUCUCCUCCAAACGUCUUCAAGAGUUAUUUGAAUCAGUUCAAGAAUGAUUUUUCGUUGUUCUUAAAAAUGCGUUCAGAAGAGAUGGUGCCUAAUGGACACAUGGUUCUCACGUUCGUGGGCAGAAAGGUUUCCGAUCCUUUAUACCAAGACUGUUUCCAAGUUUGGUCGUUGUUAUCUGAUUGCCUCCUCGAUCUAGUCUCUGAGGGGGUUGUGAAGGAAUCAGAUAUUGAAUCGUUUAACAUGCCAUUCUACAAUCCAAACGAAGAAGAUGUGAGGGAAGUUAUCUUAAAGGAAGGGUCCUUCGAGAUCAGCAAGAUCGAGACAUUUGACCAUAUUGUUCCUUACAAAAUAAAGUGCAUCAAAGAAGAAAAAGAGGAGGACCAAUCACUUCAGAUGGAAGUCGGUAAAAGGCAGGCAAGCUGGGCAAGAUGCAUCACCGAACCGUUACUCGUUGCACAUUUUGGAGAUGCAAUUAUCGAGCCGGUUUUCAACAAGUACGCACACUAUAUGGCCAAGUAUCUAUGUGUUUCAAACCACCGCCCAAAUAUGACACUCAUCAUCGUAGUUUCGUUAACUAGGACAUAGAUCGAGGAGGUCCUCGUUAUGCAGCUGCCAAUAAUAUGUUGGUCCAUGUUUUUUGUAUGUGUGAGCAAAGAGUUACCGUCUUGGGAUUUUCCGGUGGGAUAUUGAUAAAAUAUUGGUGAU